AUGCUGGGUCUGACGGAGCCCCGAUACGUGCAUCGAGCGAACCUGCGACUCUGGUUGGUUCACGUGAAGGACUCCGACAGUCGGCAGCAAGUCAAACGACGGCGUCUCGCUCCCUCACUAGCUCCCCUGAUCGUGCCUUGCAGUAUCAUCCUGACCCGCGAAGACCCUUUGGUUCUCGCACAGAAGGCCCAUUUGAGGUAA